AUGUCACCCUAUGAGUUGGUCUAUGGAAAGGAAGUCUUGCUACCAAUCUCAAUGGAGAAUCCUACAUUACAGCUACUAAAAUCUAUUGAGGUUGAACAAAAUGGAGCCAUGGAGGUCAGGUUAGCAGAGUUACUUGAAGUGCAAGAGUCAAGGGAAAAGGUGCACAAUGCAAUGAAUAACCGCCAACAAAUUGCUAAAAUUUGGUUUGAUAGAAAAAGGUCUAACCCCAUAUUCAAACAAGGAGAUUUAGUGCUAAAAUAUAAUAAACAUGCUACUAAACUCAGGCAACGUGAAAAAUUUGAUGCUUUAUGGGAAGGCCCUUCUCAUAUCAUAAAUUGUAAGCAACAUUACUCUUUUGAAUUAGAAAACUUGGAAGCUAACGUAUUGAAGAUUCCUAGUAACGGAAUGCAUCUCAAACACUUGAAUUACUUUCCUUGUAUCUGCUUAGCUGUAAAUAUUGUAAAUUUAUGA